CAAAAGAAAGCGGCUUCCGAGAUUGACGACAUUUUCGCCAAAAGAAACGUACCUGUUGAGAAAAAGCCUGCUACGGACAAGAGCAGUGACUCUGGUACAACGACGACGACAAAAAAGAAGGACAAUAAGAAGAAAAAGGGCGUUAAGUUCGAUGAAAAUGCCAAAAAAGAAUCCAAAGAAGACAUAGAAGAAGAACAACCAGCAGCACAUGUAGUGGAAGAAGUCGUGUUUGCUGAAUUGACAGCAGCGAAAAAGGGCCAAAAGCGGAAGUCUCAAGCGCCAGCACCAUCGGAUGAUGAUGGAUUCGGUGAUUCUCGAGGCAAAAAGUCCAAGCGAACAACAGAAGAAGGCUUCCCACUUUAUGAUGUCAAGGACUUACGGAUAGGUGAAGGCAAGGAUACGCCAUUGUGUCCUUUUGACUGCCAAUGCUGCUUUUAG